CGUGUCAUUAUUUAGUUGAACGGGAAGAAAACGGAAAAUAUUUAAUUUCUUGAUCAUAGACCUUUUAUAGGACAGAAUUCGUAAUAAAAAGUGGAAAAUUACUUAAAAAUUGAUUGUGUUUUACGUUGGUAGGAGAAGUACAAAAGGAUGUGCCCUUGGUAGACGUUGUCAUCUCGUUCCAUUAAAUUAGCAUUCUAUUCAAAUAUUUAUUGUUAUCAAUAUUUGUUUGCCGAAGUUGUUGUUGUUGUCGUUGUUGUUUGCGCAAAAUAACACACAACUCACAAGCAAACACCCAUAAUACACUUGAACUGCACACCUAGCGGCAGCGUACGAUACACCAUGCAACGCAAACUGUUGCUCUAUGCGCUGCUCUUCUUGGCAGUGACGUCGCAAAAAUGUCAUGUAGUCGAAAGUGGCGGCCCACCCAGCGACACUAUGGGCACAAUAGCCGCCAAUCGCUACAAUGCCGAGCAGCAGCAGCAUCAACACCAACAACAGCAACAGCAUCAUCUUCCCACGGCGGCGCAUCAUCAAGGCGGCACUGGCGGUGGUGGCGGCAGUAACAGCGUUGUGCCGGCGCCCGCAGCGCCAACGGCUGCCACACACGCUUUAUACCAUCCAUCGCCGUCUGGCAGUGGCCACAUGGAGCAUCGCAAUUCGUAUAAUCUGCUAAGCGAAGCAAUGUCGCAGGCUGUCAGCAAUGAAUUCAGUUCACUGGGCAGUGGUUCGGCGGAUGGUGCUUGCCAUGCAGACGAUUUGGAUUGUUAUAGUGGCAAUGUGCAGGAUCGUUUGGGUAUGGAGGCUAUACGUACGCUGCAUCGUCAGCUCGAUGAUGACGACAAUGGCAAUAUCGAUUUGAGCGAAUCGGACGACUUUUUACGCGAAGAACUCAAAUACGACUCCGGUUAUGAGAAACGUCAGAAAGCGUUCCAUUUUAACGAUGAUAUGCACAUUUCCGUGAAGGAACUGUGGGAGGCGUGGCUACGUUCGGAGGUGCAUAACUGGACCAUGGAGCAAACUUCAGACUGGUUGGCGCAAUCAGUGCAACUACCACAAUAUGUCGAACUAUUUCGUUUGCAUAAAGUGACCGGUGCUACAUUGCCAAGAUUGGCAGUAAAUAAUAUGCACUAUGUGGGCAAUGUGCUGGGCAUAAAGGAUCCCAUUCAUAAGCAGAAAAUUGCGCUCAAGGCGAUGGACGUUGUGCUAUUCGGACCGCCGCGUGAGACCGGCACACGCUGGAAGGAUUACAUUUUAGUGACGCUAUUACUCAGUGCAAUUAUUGGUUGUUGGUAUGCAUAUCAACAGAAUAAGAAUGCUAAAAGACAUUUACGACGUAUGGCUCAAGACAUGGAGGGGUUGCAGCGCGCCGAGCAGAGUUUACAAGAGAUGCAAAAGGAAUUGGAACGUGCGCGCAUGGAGCAAGAAAAUGUUGCUACCGAGAAAAUGGAUUUGGAACGUCGACUUAAAGAGGCUCCCACACUUUCAUCAUCCAGCUCUGAUCUGGAGGUGCAAAAGUUGAAAAAGGAAAUCGAAAUAUUACGUACUGAACUGUCACGCGCCGAAAUCGAAUUGGUGGAUAACUGCUGGACACCGCCACCACAACUACAAUCCUGGCUGCAAUACACCUACGAAUUGGAAAGCAAGAAUCAUUUGAAGAAACGUGUUUCAGCCGAAAAGCAAUUGCAAUCAGCGCGGGAAGCCUGUGAGAAGUUGCGUAAGAAACGUUCAAGCUUAGUUGGUGCAUUCGUGUCGACGCAUGGCAAAAGUAUUGACGAUGUCGAUCGCUCCAUUGUGGAGGCGCGCAAUUCGCUCAGCGAGGUGACGAACGAGUUGCAAGAACGUCUGCAUCGUUGGAAACAAAUUGAGAAUUGUCUGGGCUUUAAUAUUGUCAACAAUAAUGGUUUACAGUAUCUGGAGAAUGUGUUAUACAAUCGCAAUGGCGGUAGCAGUGUUAGCUCCAAUAAGGGUUCACGAGGCCGCAUAACGAGCAGCAGCGAUGAUUUAGACGAUGAAUCUGUGCAAGCCAACUUUUGCGAUCCCAAAGCACGGAUCUGGUACCAAUGGAAAUCUACACGUUCCUUAAUAGACAGCAACAACAGCAUAGCACGAAACCCAACAUUAAUGGCAACAACAGCAGCAACCACAACAGCCUAUCCACGGGACAACAAUUCAUUGGCAGCGGAAGUGGAAUUGUUGGAAAACUUAGCGGAACCAACAAGAAGAUGGUCAAGCAGCACAGCACAACUAGCCAACAGUCCACAUCGUCCACAUCAUCGUCCGUCCAUUCAACACCAUCCGCACCCGGUGCACUCGGCGCAGACGCACACAGCGGCAGUGGCAAAGGACAAUCCCCCGGACGUUGGUCAUCCCAUGAGCGCAUCCUGCCAAUCCAUCAACAACAGCAACAGCAGCAGCACGAACCUCAAAUGCUUAUUUGGCAGUCAAUGCAGUCUGUGCAGCACAAGCAGCCAACCGCCGCUCACGGACAACAACAGCAGCAGCAACAACAGCAACAGCAAUCAGCGCAGCACGCUGGAGAUAAAGAGUCGUUCAUGCAGCCCCAUUACACAGCAAUUGCUGGAAAGCCGCCCACUGUCGGCGCAAUACCCGCACAAUACCAGCAAUUACCCACCUCGCUUAGCCUGCAAUCGCUGUGCGGGGGGCAGACACCACAGCAUGGGAGCGACAAUAUCAGCCUCGGCACCACCGUCGGCGCCGCCACCACCACCACCACCACAUCUGCGCCAGCUGCUGCGUCGGCACACAGUGAUACCCAAAUGGAGGACCAACUGUUGCUCAGCGCCGACAGCGCCAGUCUCGACGGCGGCGCCACCAUUAAGAAGCGAAAACGACGUUUGCGCUUCCCCUUCGGCGGCGGACACCGCAAAUCCGCCAGCAACGCAAGCGCCAGCAGCGGCAGCACAGCCAGCGUCAGCGUCAACUCCAACAAACAUACAUAGCUCGCAUAGCGUUGGCUGUCUGACAACCUCCUACAGCGGCGCCGCCACCGUAAUAAUGGAGGAUGCGUUGACGAUGCAGAAGGAACAACAACAACUACAGCAGCAGCUAGGCAACGAUGACGACCGCAUGCACGAUGUUAUGGACAACGAUGAUAUUUUCAAAGAAAAUUUAUAUAAACGUAAUAGUAGCCACAGAAACGCCGAUGCGCAUGCCGACUCAGAGGCGGAGGCAUACUCUCAGGUUACUUUGAAUUUUGCUAAACGCGCCGCACACGCCGCUGCGACUGCGCGUCAAUUGAACGAGCACGACAAUAAUAAUUUUAGUGAUACCCAACGCGACUUGAGCAGCACGCCGACCAGUGGCUUCACGAUAGCGGCCACCUAAUACGGUGGUCGAACGAAAUACUUAUAUUUUUUAACACAAAUGUUACACGUCUUCCAUGUACGACGACUGGAACCGACAACAAUGCGAAUGAAAUGUGCGUGCGAGUACUUAAUUUUACAUAGUUCUGCAUACGAACAUAUACUAAUUGGAGAAGGUCACAUAAAUACAUUGCAUGCAAACACACUCACACACACACACAGACAUAGAACAUAGUAACCCUGAUCUCCGAAAGCAUGAGUAACUCCUAGAAAUGUGCUCCAAUAUCAUGCUAUGGCACACAUCAAUUCAGUGCUUCCUCGCAUUGCGUAUAAUUAAAAAAUCUAAAGCAGUUUAACCGAAAGCUACUUUGCAAAACGAUAAUUUGCGUUACGCCUGCGCAAAACGCCAAGUGAAAAUAAAAUAAAUUUUUUGUACAAAAAAAAUUUUUAUAAUUUUUGUGAGCCAUGCAGACCAAGUUAGUACUUCAGCGUCCAUAUAAUGACAUAGACAUAACGGUAAAAAAUAAAUAAAAUUUGUUUUAUGAGAAUUCAAAUUGUAAUUUUUAACUUGUUCCAAAAUAUUGACGUGAAGUGCUAUUUGAUACGCAGCUCUCUGGCAGCCAUACAUUAACGGCCUUAUUUCUGAAAAAUGAAAAAUCAAUUAAAUUUACUUUAUAAAUAAAAAAUUGCGAAAGUUUCAUUUACAAAGCCAAUGAUUUGAGUGCUUCCCUAAGCAAAUGCGAAGACAACACUAGUAGCCAAAUAAAAUUGCAAAAGGUUUUUAUUGCAAAUACUGUUAUGACAAUUAUUGUAUUGCAAAUAAUAAGGAAAUUAGUUCAAUAUUUGUAAUGUGUAUUGUAAAAGUCAACUUGAGAUAUUUUGUUUUGGUUCCAUCCAUACUUGACCUUAAAACUUAACGGUAAUUGCAAUCUUCCUCGAAUUUGUGACACGAGAGACGACACACACUCGUAUUUCAUAGAAAUUGUUCCAAUAGUGCCUCAACGAAAUCACGAUAUUUACAAAGUAAUUAGUAAAUAAGUUGUGAGUUUUUAUUUGUAAAUAAGUAAUUCGUAAAAUUUUUAUUUCUUUUUAAUUUGUAAUGCGAAAAUAAGCAAAAACAACACACAGAUACUUACAAUUUUUAUAAAAUUUUUUAUAAGAAAUAAUGGCUUGUAACUUUUAGUGAAAAAAACGCGCAAUUGCAAAGAAAUUAAAAAUUAAGAUGCCACUCUUUAGAAAAAUUAACGCCGACACAAAUUUCAAUUUUUUUGUAAUUUUUUAAACUACUUAAUUUGACAAAAGUUUUGGACAUAAACUCUGUGUUGUUUUGUGAAUUAUUUGCGCACAACUGUUCGCCUAAAAGCACAGUUAGACCGUUACAGAACUGAAAAACUCGCCAUGAGAAGCAAAAAAGACAACUAGAACAAAAUUGAACUUUUUAAAAUUUCAUACUCGACUCUGUGUAAUGUUUUUGGUCCAUUAAAUUUGUAUCGAAAUCUUUUUUAUUUAAUAUAAACACUUAUAAUUUGCACCGUAAAUCAUUGGACUGAUAUUUCCUUGGCUAUGACACCUAUUAAAUGCUAUGAUAAUAUUGUAUUACUUCUACAAGUGCAUAAAUGAUUUUUAUGUAUGUUUAUAUUAUACCUAACUUGUUGCUGUGCAUGAAUGUACAGACAAACGUUACGUCGAAUAUUUACUUAAUUUGGUAUUAAUUGCAGACAUUACCUAAAUAAAUAAUAUCUAAUAUUAGUGUAUUAUGUAUCUACCUAAAUGAUAGCAAUAUUUAUAGCAUAAUAGCGUUAUACUAUACAAACUUAAUACAUACAUACAAUUAUCCAUGCGGAUAAAGAUUUUAGCAAUAUUAGUAAUAAUUUGUAAAAGAAAAUUUUGCUAAAUACACAUACACAAGGCCAAAAUGUAUGUGUGUGAGAAGAGAAACAAAUUUAUUCAACACACCAGACACGAUAAGCACUAUACCUAACAACAACAAGAAUGAAAACUUAAAACAAAAAUAAUAAUGUAUUAAACUAAAUAUAAUUAUAAUAUAGAGCAAAAUUUGCCACAAUUAAGCAACAGCGAUAGACGCAAGAAACUUUUUCAGCCAAAUUGCUGAGAAAAUUAUAUCAUUAUAUACCUUUUAAUAAAAAUAACCUAAAAACAGUAAA